CGGAUCAAACCAAUGGCGGCGCGGGGGGGAGGCGCGGCCUGGGCCCUUUUAAGGCUGCUCCGGGCGGGGGAGACCCGAGCGGAGCGCGGAGAUGUCGGCGAGUCACGACAGCCGAUCUCGCGAGAGCGGCCCCGAGGGGAUGGAGCCGGACGGGGUCAUCGAGAGUAACUGGCACGAGGUGGUGGACAGCUUUGACGAGAUGAACCUGUCGGAGGCGCUGCUGCGCGGGAUCUACGCCUACGGCUUCGAGAAACCCUCGGCCAUCCAGCAGAGAGCCAUCCUGCCCUGUAUCAAAGGCUAUGACGUCAUCGCGCAGGCGCAGUCGGGCACAGGUAAAACCGCCACCUUCGCCAUCUCCAUCCUGCAGCAGGUGGAGCUGGAGCUCAAGGCCACGCAGGCGCUGGUGCUGGCCCCCACCCGCGAGCUCGCCCAGCAGAUCCAGAAGGUGGUGAUGGCCCUCGGGGACUACAUGGGGGCCUCGUGCCACGCCUGCAUCGGCGGCACCAACGUCCGGGCCGAGGUGCAGAAGCUGCAGCUGGAGGCGCCGCACGUGGUGGUGGGCACGCCGGGCCGCGUCUUCGACAUGCUCAACCGCCGAUAUCUCUCCCCAAAAUUCAUCAAGAUGUUCGUGCUGGACGAGGCCGACGAGAUGCUGAGCCGCGGCUUCAAGGAUCAGAUCUACGACAUCUUCCAGAAGCUGAGCGGGAACACGCAGGUGGUUCUGCUGUCGGCCACGAUGCCCCUGGACGUGCUGGAGGUGACCAAGAAGUUCAUGCGGGACCCGAUCCGGAUCCUGGUCAAGAAGGAGGAGCUGACGCUGGAGGGGAUCCGCCAGUUCUACAUCAACGUCGAGAGGGAGGAGUGGAAGCUGGACACGCUGUGUGACCUGUACGAGACGCUGACCAUCACGCAGGCCGUCAUCUUCAUCAACACGCGCCGCAAGGUGGACUGGCUCACCGAGAAGAUGCACGCGAGAGAUUUCACCGUGUCCGCCAUGCACGGGGACAUGGACCAGAAGGAGCGUGACGUCAUCAUGAGGGAGUUCCGGUCGGGCUCCAGCCGGGUGCUGAUCACCACCGACCUGCUGGCCCGCGGCAUCGACGUCCAGCAGGUGUCGCUGGUGAUCAACUACGACCUGCCCACCAACCGCGAGAACUACAUCCACCGGAUCGGCCGCGGGGGCCGUUUCGGCCGCAAGGGCGUGGCCAUCAACAUGGUGACCGAGGAGGACAAACGGACCCUGAGGGACAUCGAGACCUUCUACAACACGGCCAUCGAGGAGAUGCCGCUCAACGUCGCCGACCUCAUUUGAAUCCCACUGCCCCGCCCACCAGGCCCCUCCCCCAGCCCAAACCCCGCCCCCUUCCCCCUUUUUUCCCUCCAAUUUUCCUUUUUUUUUCAAAUUUUUUUUGGUAAUUUUUUCCAUUUUUUUCCUCAUUUUUAUUUAACUUUUUUCCUGAUUUUUCCCCAUUUUUUUCUGAUUUCUUUCCCUUUUUUUCUGUUUUUUAAAAUAUUUUUUUCUGAUUUUUCCUGAAUUUUUACUCAAUUUUUUUCCCCUUUUUCUUUUGAUUUUUUUCCACUUCCUCUCAGAUUUUUUCCAUUUUUUCCCUGUUUUACCCCCAUUUCCCCCCAUUUUUUAUUCAAAUUUUUUCCCCAUUUCCUUCUAAAUUCUUCCUCAUUUUUUUCCCCAUUUUUCUAAAUUUUUUUCUAAUUUUUUCCUAUUUUUUCCCCAUUUUUCCUGAUUUUUCCUAAAUUUUUUUCCUCAAUUUUUCCUCAAUUUUCCCCUUUAUCUCUAAAUUUUUUCCCAUUUUUUCUCUUUCAUUUUUUCCUCUUUCUCCCCUGUUUUUUCCAGUAAUUUUCUGAUUUUUUCAGAAUUUUUCCGUUAUUUCCUGAUUUUUUUUUUCCAUUUUUGCCGAUUUUUUCCCCAUAUUUUUUUCUCUUUCCCCCCAAUUUUUUCUGAUUUUUUUCCAAGUUUUUUCUAAAUUUUUUUCCUUUUUUCCCCAACAUUUUUUCCCUUUUCUCCCAGAUUUUUUCCCCUUUUUCCCUGAUUUUUCCCCAUUUUUUAAAGGUCAUUUUUACAGAUUUUUAAAAACUGGUGCUUCCCCCUCUGCCCCUCCCCCACCCCUUUUCUCCCUUUUUUUUCUGCAUUUUUUAAAACCAAUUUCCCCUUUUUUAGGGUCAUUUUUACAAAUUUCGGGGCUGCUUUUAACCCAAUUUCCCCCUUUUUUUCCCCAAAUUUUCCCUUUUUCACUUCUGAUUUUCCCCUUCCCCUCCCUCCUUGUUUUCCCAUUUCCCCAAUUUUUAAAUCCCAUUUUUUCCUAAAUUCCCCCAAAUUUUUGGGGGGUUUUUUAAAUCCCAUUUUCCCCCUUUUUAGGUCAAUUUUAAUUUUUUUUCCCCCAAAAUCGUCACUUUUAAGGGGCCCCUCCCCCACCUCAUUUUCCCCCCAAUUUUUUUAAGGUCAAAAAGUCACUUUUUGGGGAGUUGGGGGGAAUCCCCUCCCCCACCCAUUUUUUCCCCUUUUUUGGGAUUUUUUUUGGGAUGAUUUUUAUUUUUUGGGAUUUUUUUGGAUUUUUUUGUGAAUUUUUUUGGGGGUUUUUUGGGAUUUUUUGGGACUUUUUUUUUUGGAUAAACGUCGCUUUUUGGGGGUCUCCCUCCCUGCCCCUCCCCCACCCCCCUUUUGUAACGUUUAUUUAUUCGAAUAAAAAGCGAUUUUGGGACAAAAAAA